AACCCCCCUGACAAUUAACGUUUAGCGGCGCAAAGCGGCUCAUUUUGGAUGCAUGUGAAAGCAGCCACUUGCCGGAGAAGCGGGGAGGAGGUGCCGGGAGAUAAUAUAAUAAUAAUCGCAUUUGUUUUGAAACGUCUCUCCAGCAGAACUCCAGCAUGUCGGAUAGAGGAGGGCUCCCAAGGACCGGAGGCUCUCCGUCUCCGCAUAUGCAGCCCCCGAAGUCGGUGGCGAUCCCGUCGAAUCGGCCGGUGCAGAUGAACCUGUACGCGACCUGGGAAGUGGACCGAUCGUCGCCGAGCUGCGUGCCGAGGCUCUUCAACCUGACGCUUAAGAAGCUGGUUAUGCUGAAGGAGCUGGACAAAGACCUGACAUCGGUGGUUAUCGCCGUCAAGCUCCAGGGCUCGAAGCGGAUCCUGAGGUCCAAUGAGAUCCUGCUGUCUUCGGCCGGGCUGACGGAGACCGACCUCCAGCUGACCUUCUCUCUGCAGGUCAUUGUGGGCUUGACCUCUUGA